GGGGCUGGGGUGGGUGCUGGGGCUGUCCAGGCUGGGCUGAGUCCCUCCAGGGGUGCCGCGCACUUCCCGCCUGGCUGGGCCCCGGGGCUGUGCGUAGUUGUCCGAGCCCCGGAGCGGGAGGGAGCCCUACUGCCCCAGCGGAACAAUAGAAGAGCAGAGACCUAGGCUUAUUUGGAGUGGGCUUCCUCGUCGCCUUUGCUCGCCCAGUGUGAUCGGAACACUAGGGAGGGAGGCACAGCAUGCAACUGGUUUAGCACAACGCCCUUCCCUCCCCGGCUAUUUAACUUCGGUAUCUUUCAAUUACAGGGCCUUCUUUCCAAAAGGUCCUAUCAGGGGCAGAACACCCCAAAGUGGCAGACAGGAAAGAACAUGCAGUAGGAAGCCUGGCAUCCAGACCUGGUCACUAAUGAUCUCUGAGUAAGUGCCACCCUGUGGAUCAUCCUUUAUCUACAAAGCUGAUCUUCUGAUAAUGCACUUUCUAGGUAGAAUUAACAAGUAAAAAUAGAAUAAUAUCUUCUAGGAAGUUGGAGUCAACCUUCUUGCCUGCAGAUACCUCUUAGCUCAUCCUAUAAAAUGGUAUUUCAGAAGGCUCCAGAUGGUGGAUGGGGCUGGGUGAUAGUUGUAGUUUCCUUCUUUACUCAGUUCUUGUGUUAUGGAUCUCCGCUAGCAGUUGGAGUCUUGUAUUUAGAAUGGCUGGAUGCUUUUGGAGAAGGAAAAGGAAAGACUGCAUGGGUUGGAUCACUAGCAAAUGGAAUUGGAUUGCUUGCCAGUCCUAUCUGUAGUAUAUGUGUGUCUUCUUUUGGAACAAGACCUGUGACAAUCUUCAGUGGUUUUAUGGUGGCUGGGGGCCUGAUGAUGAGCAGUUUUGCACCUAACAUAUACUAUUUAUUUUUUUCAUAUGGAAUCAUUGUUGGGCUUGGAUGUGGCCUGCUAUACACAGCAACGGUAACCAUAACAUGUCACUAUUUUGAUAAACGCAGAGGUCUUGCACUUGGUUUGGUUUCAACAGGUUCAAGUGUUGGACUUUUUAUAUAUGCAGCAUUACAAAGAGGACUCGUAGAGCUAUAUGGAGUGGAUGGAUGUUUGCUAAUAGUUGGUGCAUUAUCCCUAAAUAUAUUAGCAUGUGGGAGUCUAAUGAGACCCUUGGAAUUCUCUCAUUCUCCUUUGCCAGAGAAGCCAUGCCUAGAAAAAAUUCCAGACCAAUACUUCCUUUAUCAUGAAAAAGAAAAGAGUGUUGAAGAAAAUAUCAGCAUCCUUGAAAAAGGCUACAGUGAUGAAAUGUGUGCAAAUGUGUCUGAUUGCAAACAAGACAGCAUUUUAAAUAAGAAUGGAUCAAUAUCAAUAAAUGCAAAUGAAACCGACACGUAUAGAAAGAAAGUUGUAGAGCAAACAUACUUUUGCAAACAGUUUGCCAAGAAGAAGUGGCAACUAUAUUUCAACUACUGGGAAGAAACAGUGCUGCUUUUUAAAAACAGAGUCUUUUCAGCUCUUUUUAUUGCCAUCUUACUCUUUGACAUCGGUGGAUUUCCUCCUUCACUGCUUAUGGAAGACAUAGCAAGAAGUUCAAACAUAAAGGAAGGAGACUAUCCUGUGCCUCUUAUCUCCAUUAUAGGCUUUAUGACUGCUGUUGGUAAACUUACUUUAGGAAUACUGGCAGAUGUUAAUUGGGUCAAUACUUUGUAUCUAUAUGUAAUGACCAUAAUAAUGACUGGAGGAGCCUUGUUUGCAAUUCCAUUUGCCAAAAGUUAUGUUACAUUAGCAAUUCUUUCUGGGGUUCUGGGCUUUCUGAAUGGAAACUGGUCAAUUUUUCCAUAUGUAACUACAAAGACAGUGGGGAUUGAGAAAUUGACACAUGCCUAUGGAAUAUUAAUGUUUUUUGCUGGACUUGGAAACAGCUUUGGACCACCAAUUGUUGGUUGGUUUUAUGACUGCACACAAUCGUAUGACACUGCAUUCUACUUCAGUGGACUUUGUGUUUUGGUGGGUGGGUUUCUUCUGUUGGUGGCAGCACUGCCUUUUUGGAACAACUGUAGCAAUCGUAGCACAGAGACACCACCAAAUUCUUACUCCUAUAAAGUGGCAUCUAGUGCUUAGAUAAGGACUGGAAAUAUUUAAAUGCCUUUUUAUACGAAGUCACAAAAUAUUUUAGUAUCUUUUUCACUUUAUUUAUGAAGUACAAAAAUUCUCUUUAAAUAGAAAAAUACCAUUGUUGCUUACUGUUACAUU